AUGCCUUCACCUCCCCAGAUGCCUUCACCUCCCCAGAUGCCUUCACCUCCCCAGAUGUCUUCACCUCUCCAGAUGCCUUCACCUCCCCAGAUUCCUUCACCUCUCCAGAUGCUACCCCUUCACCUCUCCAGAUGCCUUAACCUCUCCAGAUGCAACCCCUUCACCUCCUCAGAUGCCUUCACCUCUCCAGAUGCAACCCCUUCACCUCUCCAGAUGCUACCCCUUCACCUCCCCAGAUGCCUUCACCUCUCCAGAUGCUACCCCUUCACCUCUCCCGAUGCUACCCCUUCACCUCUCCAGAUGCCUUCACCUCUCCAGAUGCUACCCCUUCACCUCUCCCGAUGCUACCCCUUCACCUCUCCAGAUGCCUUCACCUCUCCAGAUGCUACCCCUUCACCUCUCCCGAUGCUACCCCUUCACCUAUGCUACCCCUUCACCUCUCCAGAUGCCUUCACCUCUCCCAUGCUACCCCUUCACCUCUCCAGAUGGUACUCCUUCACCUCCCCAGAUGCCUUCACCUCUCCCAUGCUACCCCUUCACCUCUCCAGAUGCUACUCCUUCACCUCCCCAGAUGCCUUCACCUCUCCAGAUGCUACCCCUUCACCUCUCCAGAUGCCUUCACCUCUCCAGAUGCUACCCUUCACCUCUCCAGAUGCUACCCCUUCAUCUCUCUAG